UAACCUCCAUCAAAUUUAUCUAACCAAAUACGAGAUCACUUUCAAACUUACAGCUGACUGAAAAUAAUUUAUUAUGUAUCUAAAUAGAGUUCAUAGAACUUUUCCUAAAUUGAAAAAGAUAAUAACAAGGCCACAGUCCCAAGCAGCAUUAGCAGAACAAAAUGAAUACACCGAAACACCAGAAUAUCCGCCUAUUUUGGAUAUGUCUCUUAAGGCCAGGAAAUUACGAGAAAGAGAAACUCUAUAUCAGAAAAUUAAGGAAAUAAAUACAGUUGAAGAGAAGCAGAUAGCAUUGAACAUGCCGCGUUAUUACGGCUGGAAGUGUGUUAUGUUUAACGAGACUAGAAAUCCGUACAAUACGAUGCCUCUAGUACAGUAUUACACAAGAAGCCAUUUUAUCCCUGUUGACAAACUCCCAGAUUAUUAUAACGACACUGAAGAGGCAGCGAAACUUGUUGUUCAAGAAAUAAAAGCUCUUGUUGAAGAAGCUAUUGUGAUAGAAAAUGAAGGCAUUGACCGAGAUUUCCCUGUUACAAAUGAGAGUUCUAUUGAAUCACAAAAGACAAAUGCCUUAGCACAAAGUAUAGUGAAACAAAUAAACAGGAUCAUUACCAAUAAUUUAACUGAUAAAUUGGAUCAUAUAUUGUCUUCUCAAGUUGACAUUGAACCUCGUCAUGAAGCAUUCUGGUUUGUGGGUGGUGUUGACCCUCCACUUGAGGUGGUACGUUGGAGGAAACAGUACCCAUGGUUAAAAGAUACUUAUGAUGACCCCAUAGAUAGACCUGUCCAGUAUAUAGGAACCCCCAUGCUAACUCUAAGAGGCAAACUUCCUCUAAAACCUAUUAUACCAUACAGUGAAGCUGAAAACCCUGAAUUCAAGGUCCCACAGUUUACCCACACUCCCAAGACGGUUGGAUAUUUUGAAACCCACAGACAUGGCACUAAUAUACCAGGCUACUGGCCAGGUGACUAUGACGAAUUUGGUUUAGUAUCAUAUCAUGGCCGUGGUCACAUUAGAGGAGAAUCAUUUGGAGAUCAAGACAAUUUAGAAGCACUGCAUUGUCAAGCUAUGAAAGCUAGUUUCGGAUGGCUGUUAGCCCAAGCCAAUUACCAAGGUUUCACCACAUACAAUGACCUAACCUAUCCCUUAGUAACACAAACUGUGGUCACAAAUGGUCAGCUAUGGUCAUUGUAUGCUUACCAAUUAAACACAAUUGAGAUGCACAAUGAUAAAUUUGACAGCAACCCAAAAAACAAUGUCUGCUUUGGCACAAAACCUUUUAAGUUGUAUGACACUAUCGAAAAUGGUAAAGUACAGGGUCUCAAUGAAGAAGUAUUGAAAAUGUUGGUAAAGUUUUACCUUAAUACUCCUGAGGAACGAGACCACGACAUGAAACCAUACUUAGGAAAGGAAGAGCAGGUUGUUGCUGACAUAGAGGAUGAUAACAGACGCAGCUGGCUGGAAGCCAGAUACAAACAUUUAGUUGCAAAUAGACCAAAGCAUUUCUUAUUGCCUGAAGUUUAUCUGUGGGAAAAGAUAUACAAAAUAAGAUUCAACACCCGAUUCUUCGAAGCUAAGAGAAGACCUUUCGAGAAAAAUGUCAACCCAUUCAAUAGAAGGUUAGAUGAUCACCUUCCUCCUUAUAUUCCAAAGGUUUUGCGCCAAUAUCCUAGGAGUAAAAAGAAGUUUGAGACUACUUACUACCCUAAAGUUUAAAUGUAAUAUAUAAAUAGUUGUAUGUAGUGUUUCCAUAAAUAAUAGAUAUUAAUGUAAA